CCCAGGCCGGGCUGGCCAACCCGGGGCCUCCUGUUUACAGCAAGGAGAGUUUGAAAGGAAACACUUGGACCCUGCUACUUCCUGAAAGUUCUCAGCUGGGCCUACAGAGCGUGAGUGUGAGGUUCACCUCCCUGAGUCAUUUUGAACUCUCAGAGCAAACUUCUCAAUAGGAUCGACAAGAUGUGUGACGGGAACUAGACAGCCUGUUAGAACCACCAUGAAGUUGGAACCCUCAAAUAUGCCAGGAAACGCCAGCGCGGUAACCAGCCCUGUGCCAGUGGCCGUGCUUCCCGGCAUGGGCACCGCGACCUGCAACGGGUCCUUCGAGGACAGCAGAGUGCUCCUGGUGGUGGUGUACAGCCUGGUGUGCGUGCUGGGGCUGCCGGCCAACUGCCUGACGGCCUGGCUCACGCUGCUGCAGGUGCUGCAGGGCAACGUGCUGGCCGUCUACCUGUUCUGCCUGGCGCUCUGCGAGCUGCUCUAUAUCAGCACCCUGCCGCUCUGGGCCAUCUACAUCCAGAACCAGCACCGCUGGACGCUGGGCGUCUGGGCCUGCAGGGUGACGGGCUACAUCUUCUUCUGCAACCUGUACGUGAGCAUCUUGUUCCUCUGCUGCGUCUCCUGCGACCGCUUCAUGGCGGUGGUGUACGCCCUGGAGACCCGUGGCCGCCGCCACCAGUGGACCGCCGUCCUCGUCUCCGUGUCCGUCUUCGUUGUCGUCGGGCUCGCUCACUGCCCAGUGUUUAAGAUGGAGGAGAAGGAGACGUGCUUCGAGGCGUCGAUGGACAGCGAGAUUGCUGGCUACUACUACUCGCGCUUCACCGUGGGGUUCGCCAUCCCCCUCUUCGUCAUCGCCUUCACCAACCAGCGCGUCUUCAAGAGCGUGAGGCUGAGCGCGGGGCUGAGCGCCGCCCAGAAGGCCAAGGUGAAGCACUCGGCCAUCGCGGUCGUGACCAUCUUCCUGGUCUGCUUCGCCCCCUACCACCUGGUGCUCCUCACCAAAGCCGUCGCCUACUCCUACUACAGGGGGGACCCGGGCGUCAUGCGCACCUUCGAAGCCAACCUGUGCAAGCUCUCCACCAUGUUCCUGUGCCUGUCCACGGUGAACAGCGUGGCCGACCCCAUCAUCUACGUGCUGGCCACCGACCAUUCGCGGCAAGAAGUGUCUAGAAUCCACAAGGAGUGGAAAAAGUGCUCCGCGAAAACAGACGUCACCCAGCACACGUGUUCCAAGAACUCAGAGGAGCUGCCACUGCCCAUGUCGGUCACAAAUGACUCCACAUUCCCCAGGACUGUCCACCCAUCCGAGUCAGAGCCGGCCGCGUGGGGCUCACUGGACACUUUGGGAAGGCUGAGUGAGCAGUCCCGCUGAGCCCAGUGUCCUGCAGGGCAGAGUGGCCGGCGUGGGAGCCCAGGGGCCCGAGGUGUGGCUUCCCCAUCCACUGAGCUUGCUAGCCAGUGUCCAUGGCGCCAGCCACGAAGCCCCCCCUGGAAAACAUGCCGCCGAUUUCUCAUUCCUGGAGCCAUGCCCUUGUUAAGCCCCUGCCCCCUCAGGGUCCCACUGGACUCCACACAGAAGGUGGCAGCAUGCCCAGGAGAAGGGUGAUGCUCCAGGCCGCGGGGUACCCAGCCUCGCAUGGCAGGCAGGACAGCCUCUUCCUCUGGACUCGUGCUGGCCGGCCCACUCGGCUAUUAGCGAACAGCAGGGCCGCUGGCAGAGGCCUCGUGUCUGCCUAGUGCUGCCGGGGGUAGGUGCCUGGUCAGUAUCCACCGUGAUGACUUUAUCUUCCGUGCUUUUCUGCAAGCAUUGCUUGGAUGACUGUGUUCUGCCUCGAAAGGCCCAUGCAAACUGGGACCUUCACACAGCACCAGGUCACGGCGGGACAGCCGAGGCCUGCGAGGUGGGACAGCAGCCCAGCCCUGAGGGCCCUGGGCUGCUCUGUGCUGAGCAGGUCUGAGGCUUCAGGCUGCUGUGGACCCCACAGGGGACCCUCCGGCAGGGUGGCCAACAUAUCUUCUCGAGGAUGCCCAGGGCGGGAAUGCUAGUGGACACCCCAGGAAGGGUGACACGGCCAUCGAAGAGGCUCAGAGAAUGUAGGAAUUCCUCUGCAUUGGGCUUCCUGGCUUCCCUGGCAGGGGAGAAGCCGCCGCGGGCUCGGAACAGGGGGAUCGGGAGUGGGCAGGUGAGGCCCCAGGCCUCCAGCCCUGCAACAAGGUACGAAUGGAGUGUGGGUGGAGCACGGAACCAGGCCCACACGAGGCCCAGAGUCGGCCAGGUCACGGCGCGGCCUGGGUUUCCCUCCUGUAACAGGGUCAGUAACACCUACCUCGAGGGUCAGCAUGGGGGGCUGACCCACCACCUCUGCUCAGGCACUCUGGAACGGAGCCCAGCAGGCUGCACGCCCCGCAGAGGGGCCCUGGCUCCCCCAGGCGCCUGCCCUUCACGGGAGCUGUGCUGGGCCGUGGUGCCAAGUUAUGUUCUCCUGGCUGUAAGGCAGCUAGCUGUCCACUGUCCUUCCUUGCAGUGAGAGACAUUGAAAAGAUACAUUUAGAAAAUUUGUCUAGAAAUAAAGAUGCAAACAUGCAACCGGUCAA